AAAUACUAGAGAUUACUUGGUUCCAUCAGUAUGGGGAUCCGUCGAUAAGCGUGACGAUCCAUAUGCAUCAGCUGCUGAAGUUAAAUUCGAUUUUACAGAAGAUUUGCCUUCUAUCUCAUAUAGUCUAAAUGAACCAUAUGAUGGAACUUACUUGAAUAUGUUAUACCUUACGGGAUCAUUACCGAUAUCAACAUCAAAUGAAUCGAUCAUACCAAAAUGUGAAAAGAUUGAAAUUAUUUGCGAAUCUCAUGAUCAAGGAUGGUCAUCUUAUCCUCAAGAUCAAGGUACAUAUAACAAUUCGUGGACAUGGGGGGAGGUUUCCAUUGUCUCCUCAAGACAGAAUAAUAAUUUACAGGAUCAAUUAACUGAGAUUAAUGAGGAAGUUAUUGAAAAGGAAUCGAAUGUGCGAUAUGAGAUUUAUAGAAAUAGACAUGCUGACAGUGACUGGCAAACACAUCAAUAUGAGUUUGUUUCAGAACAUCCAUUAGUGCAAAACCUGCAACCUGGUGAUAUGAUUACAGAUAUGUCUUUGGGUCGUGUGACUAUGGGAAAUAUGAAUACCGAUACACCUUGA